UUAUAGCCAACUUACUAUACAGUGUCCACGUCUUCACGUCUUCACGUCAACAAUAAUUUUUAAAAACUGUAAUUGGAAAUUUUCAUUAAAAAUGAAUAUAAAAUAUAUAUUUGUUUUAUUAUUUGUCUAUCUCGAAGUCCGUGCAAAUUCGGAUUCGGACCAGCUUUUCUAUGCUGCUGAGCAUGGUGACAUAGAUGAGGUCAAAACGCUAAUCAACAAUGGAGCCCAUGCAGAUGCUGAAAAUCAAAGCAAAGAAACGCCACUUCACAUGGCUGCUGCUGGGGGUCAUAUGGAUGUAGUAAAAUAUUUAAUAGAAAGAGGAGCGAAUGUGAAUGCUCAAACUUCAAAUGGGAAAUACACACCACUUCACCACGCAGCUACUGAAGGUAAAACAGAAAUAGUUAAUUAUCUAAUUGCGAACGGAGCGGAUGUGAAUGCAGAAACUAAGGAAAAAGAAACGCCGCUAUUAAAAGCUAUUAAGAGUUUUAAAACAGAAACAAUUAAAGCUCUCAUCAAAAAAGGAGCGAAUGUGAAUGUUAAAACCAAAUCUUUGCAAUACACCCCACUUCACUAUGCUACUUUGAGUGGCGACGUUGAAAUAAUCAAAUUAUUAAUAGAAAAUGGUGCAAAUCCAUUCGCUUUAAAUAGUACUCAUGAAACUCCACGUGACUUGUCUAACAGAUUUGUUUACGAGGAAGCAGCUGAUAUUCUAAAGGAAGCAGAGAGUAACUAUGUCCCAACGGAAACGACAACAACAACAACAACACCACCACCACCAACAACAUCAACACCAAUACCUGCUAUGCCAUAAUUAUGAUCAAAGGCAAUCGUUUUAAUCAAACAGAAAACCAGCAAGCAUCAUCGACUGGAAUUUAACAAAAAAAUUAGUUAUGGAACUUAGCAAACAAUACAAAAAAAAAACGAACUUAUAAAUUGAUAAAAAAAAACAUUUUUUAC